AGCCUCAAUGAGCCACGCCCGCCCAGCCCCGACCGCCAUGGUGUAGCCCCGCGGCCAGGUGCAAUUUGCAGGAGCAUGGAUGAGCUGUUCACCACGGCCAUUUCCAGGGAGGGCGGCGAGUCCGCCUCCUUGGUCCCCCUGGCCAAGCUGCGGGAGGAUGCCGAGAUCGUCAAGUAUUUCCAGAGGACCCUGAUGAAGCCGCUUUGGUCCGAGGAAACUAUGGCGAUCUUCUUCCAGAGCCGCCCGGCUGAGUUCGAGUUGGACACGAAGGCGGCGGGGGUGAAGCUGCGCUCGGCGCUCGCUACUCAGAUCCAGGAUAUGGCCAUCCAGAAGAAAAAGAAACACCCUUUCCCGGCAGCGCUCUACGAGCAGCUGCUGCGGGCCGGGACCCUGGCCGAG